UAGAGAGAGAGAACCGGACCGGGGAAUGGGCCGGUUUGCAGCGUUUCCCGUCCGACUGGUCGCGGUCGGGCCGGAAAACGUGGUAAAGGGUUCCCGCUGCCGACGCAAAUCCUAGGGUUUUAGAGAUAGAACAUCAAAAUCGCUCUUCCUCUUCUUCCCCAUUUUUCGCAAAUUUGAGCUUUGGAUUUCGACUGCAAGAAUGCCUUAGAUUUCGCAAAUCUUCCUCCGAGAGCAUCGGAUAAGAAGAAAAAAAGAAGUCCUCGUAGUUCCAACAGUGAGCAAUCCAACCCUCUCUAUCUCAUUCUCUUUUUUCUUCUUUAUUGUUCUGAAUUCUUCUUUCUUAACAUCCCUACAUAUAUCUAUGUAUAUGGUUGAGAAUAUUUCUUAUUAUCGUUAUAAGAACUUGAUUUUUGGCUCAGAUCCUAAACAAAUCAAGGCUACUACCAUGGAUCCAAUCCAAACUGUUCAUGUCAAGCUUAUGGCCUCUGAUCUCCUCUCCUUAACUGUCUGGCCCUCAAACCCUCCCUGCUUCACCCGGAAGGGAAGGCCUAUAUCUCGUGCUGAAACUGUAGGCAUGGUGGUGAGCCGUGAGCACAAGGACAAAUUUCUGAGGUUCCUGGUGGAUGAUGGGAGUGGGUGCAUCCCCUGCAUCCUCUGGCUCAACCACCACUACCUCACUUUCCAUGAUGGUUCAUCUAAUCUCGAACUUAUGGCUGAAAUGGCACUGAAGCAAUCUGAGAUAGUUCAGCUGGGGGAGCUAGUUAGAGUCAGGGGGAGAAUCACAAUCUAUAGGGGGAUGCUACAGAUUACAGUGAGGGAUGUGGUGGUGGAGAGGGAUCCAAAUGCAGAGGUGCUACACUGGUUGGAUUGCAUCAGGUUAUCCAAACAGUGCUAUGACUUGCUGCCUGCUGCUGCUCUUCCUGGAUCUGUUCUGAACCCACAUCAAGAUGGGUCUGACCAGGAAUCACGAGAAUUGGGCUUGUUAUUUCAAGCCAAAAGUUUAUGUUUUCGUCUCUCUGUGUGAUCCUUGGUGCCAUCUCAUCAUUUUUGGCCCUAACUGCAGCACUAUGUAGCUAAAUUAGGAAAAUGUCUGAAGUACAACAGAGACCAAUUUGUUGAUCUGUAGACAGGUGAAGUUUAUCUGAACUUGUGGAACCUUGUAAGCUGCCACAAAUCUUUAUCCUGAAAGCCAUUGUCCACUGCAGAAGUAUGUUGGAUGUUUGCAUUAGCGGCUCGGCAGCUGUGACUGGAUGUUAUGGUCAGUGAAGUGAUCACCUAAUGUUACUUCUCUUGUCACAGAUGUAGUGGUAGUAUUUAGUUUGAUUCAAGCGCUUAUUUUUAGCAUUUAAAUUUGAUGAGUCAGGAUCCAUUAUACCCAUCCUCAUUGGAGUCACGGAUUCCUUUUGUCAGGCAUAUAUACUGUGGUUUGGGAAUUGGUAGGGACAAGUUGUUUCUUUUUACAUUAUACCCAUCCCCCUUCCAUUUAAAGUCUUGCAAUAAAGUCCCUGGCAUUCAUUUA